AUGUUUAAAAUACAGUGUCUGUUGCUAUUAGCGGCGCUGUCCGAAGGGUUGGCGCGGUCAUGGGAUAUUGCAGUAACUACAGGAAAUCAACUUGAAUUUUAUAGCAAUAACACUAAGACGUAUAGUGAAGGCGUGCAGUUCAAAGAUCUUACAGCUUUAGCAUAUGAUGCUGUACAUAACAUGUUGUUGUUUGCCGACAAACAAAACGACAAUGCAUCUAUAUUCAGUUAUUAUUUAGCAACUAAGAAAAACCAAGCCUUAGUUAGAAGAAGAUCGUAUGAAAACAUUCAUGGACUAGCUUUCGAUUCAGUUAAAGGAAUGCUCUUCUGGACUGAUACGAUCGACCGGAGUAUUUACUGGAUUUCUAUGAAACCCGGGUCGACUAACGAUCUAUAUGGAAACCUUUUAAUCACGAUGGACGAUGAAAUCCCACGGGCCAUUGCCGUAGACAGUUGUAGAGGGUACAUCUAUUGGACCAACACUAAUAUUAUGAAGCCUACUAUUGAGAGAGCUCGCUUUAAUGGAACCGAAAGAGAAGUACUUAUAGACAGCGAUAUCUACAUGCCGGUCAGCAUCGCGAUAGACCAGAUGACUAAGAAAAUAUAUUGGGCUGACGACAAAGAAGGCAUACAUUAUUCAAUAGAAAGCGCAGACUUGGAUGGAAAAAAUAGAAAGACUUUAUUGGUUGGCACAAACCAUCGACCAACCGCUCUGACCAUUUCAAAAGAUUCCGUAUACUGGGUAGAUUUAGACUAUAGAACCAUCUGGAGGUUGCCAAAGAAUCCUCCCAAAGAUGCUGAGCCGAUAAAAUACAUAGAGUUUACUAACAAAAUGCCCUUUGGUAUAGCCGCAAACUAUCCCAUUCAGGAGCAAAUCAGUGGUCACGGCGAGUGUGAAGAUCUAGCGAAUCUAUCGCAAAACAAUUCUGCUAUUAACGAUUCGUUCAACGUCCCAACUGAUGUUGGUUUAUUCUGCGUCCACGGAACCAAAGUGAACGGAAGAUCAAUAUGUAAAUGCAAACCUGGCUACACCGGUGAGAGAUGCGAUAUUUCAGUCUGUCAGAACUAUUGUUUGCAAGGAGACUGUAGUUUUACAACAGAAGGUCAACCCAAAUGCAGGUGUAAAACUGGGUUUUCCGGAACACGAUGUGAAAUUGAUGUGUGCCAAGGCCAUUGUUUGAACCAUGGUACGUGUUCAUUGGAUAAUACUAGUCAACCAGUUUGUCAAUGUAUAGGAGAUUAUGAGGGUUCACGAUGUGAAAAACUGAAAAUAGUUACAACAACCACGGAAACUAUAACAACAAUAGCUUCACCCGAAUCUGCCGUCCCUGCUUGCAAUUGUACUUUUAAACAAAAAGAACCAGAGCCAUUACCUAAACAGUUAGAGGAUCAGGAAGUUCUAAAUAAUUCUCGACCUUUGCCCUCCCCAUCGAACUCUGUAUCGCAAAUGGUUGAUGAAAUAAUUCCCACUUGCGAUGGUGGAUGGGAUUCUGUUAAGGAUUCUAUGAUAUUGGCUUUAUCUAUCCUCGUCGGAGUACUAUUCCUACUCUGUGUUUAUCUCCUAACCAAGAUACUUCAGUUGAAGAAACGCCCUAGGAUAAAGAAGCGUAUAAUAGUUAACAAGAAUGUAACACCGAUGACCGCUCGUCCUGACCAGUGCGAGAUUACAAUUGAAAACUGUUGCAACAUGAACAUUUGUGAAACUCCAUGUUUUGAACCGAGAAGUACGAUACGGCCGUCGCUGCUAAAUUCUAAGCCUGGUAAAGAAGAGAAGAAGAACUUAAUCGCGAACAUGGAAUUACCGGACGACCCGUAUUAA